UCCAGUCUAGGCCCCGCCUCCUCCUCAGUUUCCUGCCAAUGGCGCUGGGGCAGCCGGGGCAGCCCUGUCACCCCGCCCCGAGGCCCACACCAAGGGUGUCCGCGGCCUGCCCCUCCAGGCGGAGGAGCCGGGACUGCGGAAGGAUGGAGCUGGCCGCGGGAGGCUUCUCGGAGGAGCAGUUCUGGGAGGCCUGCGCCGAGCUCCAGCAGCCCGCUCUGGCCGGGGCCGACUGGCAGCUCCUAGUGGAGACCUCGGGCAUCAGCAUCUACCGGCUGCUGGACAAGAAGACUGGACUUUAUGAGUAUAAAGUCUUCGGUGUUCUGGAGGACUGCUCACCAACUCUACUGGCAGACGUCUAUAUGGACUCAGACUACAGAAAACAAUGGGACCAGUACGUUAAAGAACUCUAUGAAAAAGAAUGCAACGGAGAGACUGUAGUCUACUGGGAAGUGAAGUACCCUUUUCCCAUGUCCAACAGAGACUAUGUCUACCUUCGGCAGCGGCGAGACCUGGACAUGGAAGGGCGGAAGAUCCACGUGGUCCUGGCCCGGAGCACCUCCACGCCUCAGCUUGGCGAGAGGUCUGGGGUGGUCCGGGUGAAGCAAUACAAGCAGAGCCUGGCGAUCGAGAGUGACGGCAAGAAGGGGAGCAAAGUUUUCAUGUAUUACUUCGAUAACCCGGGUGGCCAAAUUCCGUCCUGGCUCAUUAACUGGGCCGCCAAGGCUGGAGUGCAAUGGCGCUACGUCAACUCACUGCAACUUCUGCUUCCUGGGUUCAAGCGAUUAUCCUGCCUCAGCCUCCUAAGUAGCUGGGAUUACAGAGUUACAUCCAAGCUGCCAGAGUUCUUCUAAGACAUCAGGGGAGGUCGGACAGUUUUCCCAAGCUAUUCCCCAUCCAUAAAAUGCCCUUCUCUCCCUAUUAAUUACUUUGGUUUCUACAUUUUCUGCAUGGCCUACCUCUAAUAUUUUCUUCUGCAGAGAAUUGUUCUUAGCCACUCAGACUAUAGGAAUCAUGCUCAGUUGUCAUAUAUUUCAAACAGUUCUGUGUCACCAUUUCCUUUGUUACAUACAAAGUCUUUCCUCCAAAUAGAAUAUAAACCUGUUGUAGAGAGGCAAAAACAUGAUGUCUUUCGAAAAUCCUAAAGGCCUUAGCACAUUAAUUAUUAUCGUUAUAGCAAACACAUAUCUAGCACUCACUAUGUUCUCUUCCAAGCACUUUUCACACAUUAUCUCAUUUAAUCCCGACAACCAACUAUGCAGUAUUUCCUACUGUCAUUUUAUUUUACAUAUGAGGAAACUGAGUCCUAGGCAGUUUAAGAGAUAGUCCCAAGGUUACCCUGCUUGAAACAGAGAUCUCUCACCCAGAACAGUUUCUCACUGGCACCUUCUCUUUGCUCGGCUGCCAAAAAAGUAGAUAUUGACGUGGAAUCUGAAUACAGCACCUGGCUGGAGAGCAUUGCCUGUCUGAUGAUUCACACUUUUAAAUAAAAAUAAUAAAACCCUUGGCUGCACAGCUUCACUUCCACAGUCCAGCUGGGAUGUGGUCACUGUGGUUCCAAAACACACUUGGGUGAUAUUUCAGCUUGAAUAAGUGUAAUUUGCACAUUCGGUUGUCAAAAUUCUGCACGGAGGUCUUGUGAUCACACUCCUUGUCAGGCAUCUGCCAAAAGCUUGCUAAUGUUUUGGCUCCCUUGUCCUGCUGGUUUUUGCUGGAAGUGACCUAGAGGAGCGUGGGAUGCCUUCUCCUUUAGUUGAAACCCAAGUUAAAGUGGGACAAUCUGGGUGAGUGACCCAAACCUAAGUCCUGAUUCAACCAUUAUUUACUGAGCACUUAGUAUGUAUCAAGCAUUUUCCUGUAUUUUAUUACAUUGAAUCUUCCUAAUAGCGCUCCGAGGCGGGUGUCGUGAUCUGUAUUUUACAGAUGUGGAAGUAGAUUCAGAUGUGAAAGUAACUUGCCAAAGGCCAUUCCGUGAGUAGAACUGAAGAGAUCUGAUUCCGGGUUUCCUGCCCACAUCUCCAUAUCAAGGUGCUUCUGGUUCACUUUGAGGUGAAUAAAGUAAAGAACGGAGGGGUAAUAUAAUAAAGAUGAUAAUAAUAAUAAUUACAAACAUCACUACCAACAUUUCUUGAGUCCGCACUGUGUGCCAAGCACUAUGGGAAUGCCUUAUAGGCAUCACUUCAUUUGACCCUCACAACACCCAUAAGAGGUAGUAGGCACUAGUAUUUCCCCCAUGGUACAAAGAAGGAAAAUGAUGCUCAGAGACGUUAAGCAGGUUAGCAAAUGGUGUGCCAAGAUUUAAGCCCAGACAUUCUGUUGCCAAGGCUUGCUACAACAGCUAUAUGAAAACAUGCAAUGUGGGAGUGCUGGAUUAGAUUCCUCACCUGCCCCAUAUCUUCAAAGGAAGCACCAAGAGAAAGUGUGAGGUCAAUGAUUUGAAAAAAUUAAUCAGACUGUCAACAUUUCCAGUGGAGCCCAUUCAGCCAAAGUCCCCAUUUUCAAUGUUAACCGCCAUGUUGCAAGGCUGACUUAGGAAUGUUGCACUCACAGACUCUGAGGAAGAUGAUAGAUUUGUUGAGAUGGAGCCUCACCUGGCUUGGAGCCCAGGAUGUCCAGGCUAAAUCUGUGUCAUUUAGUCCUUUUCACCCCAUCUUAUUUGGAGUAAGCUGGAAAGAAAAUUUGGGUGCUUUGCCAAGGCUUUGGGAAUUCACAACCCUGUCACUCAGAGAUGAGAAGGAUCCUUUAGUUAGAAAAAGUUCUCAGUCACCCCUUCUGGAAGAGAAUCAGUGAUGUGCCUUUUCACAGUCAUGAGAGUGAUCACUCCUCCCCACGGGGAGAGCGGGCAGUCACGGUGAAUCCUGGAAAUGGGAGCUGCUCCCAGAGUGAUUGAGAACAGAGCUGAACUCAGUUCCUCACUUCUUGGUACCAAGGGGUUGGGUUGUGCCUUGCAAAGAGAGAGCAAGAAUGAAAAGAAUAGUAGAAUGAGGUUUCGUUUUAUAUCCAGUAAUUAACACACCAAAUUAAAAAUGAGCAGGGCA